UAUGCCCACCCUUCCCUUUUUGCUCUCUGACAGCCAGUGUCAGACCGUGCCACCAGCCUCCUCAACAGAAGCUCCUAGCCAUGAAGCUUCUCCUCAUUGUGUUUGUCUUUCUCUUCUUUUGGGACUCAACACUGGAAGGCUUGAAUGUAUUGUCAUCAGAAAUACACAAGAAAUGCCGUGGAAAUGGUACCUGCAGACUUGAGUGCUACGGAAGUGAAAUGUUAGUCGCCCACUGUAUGUUUCAGCUGGAGUGCUGUAUCAAAGGAAACCCUGAGCCCUGACAAGAGAAGCCAGUGAAUGACAAUUAACUUGAAACUCCUUGACCCUCCCUAUCUUUCACACAGCCCGGGAAUUCAGAUUAAACUGUAACACUGAUACGCCCACGGCUGUUGGUUUUUAGAAAUUUUUUUAUAAGUCAUCAGAAUCUUAUGAUCUUGGAUUUCAAAAGCCAAGCUGCAGCCUUCCUAAAGACAGCUAAGCUUCUCUUGAAAACAACUUAGAAUAUAUUUUCUCACUUCAAAGCAAUAUCUACGGUCUCCUCAAUGCCUAUUUCUCUCUUUACUCAUAGAAAGGAUGUCUUAAUUAUUUAUAGAGGCUUCAAACAGAAACAUUUUUCUACAUGUAGGCUUUACCCUACUGUUCCUCCAGCUCCCCAUUCACCUUUUCUUUGAAUCUUCCAUCCGUAGAGAAACAGAUCUGCCCUGGCCCGCUGAGGACCCCAUAUGUCUUUCACACAGACCACACGGGCAAGUCUUAACUGCAGGCUGGCCUAAGUCUUGGCAGAGUCUGACCCUGCAGUUCUUCUUGAAACACAAGGAGAAAGGCCAUCCUGUGAUGGGUUGCCAUGAGGCGGGUUCUCAUCCACCUCUCUGUUUUCAGGGAAUGAAACAUGGGACUUUCCACCUCAGUCUCUUUAGGGUUCAGCUAAAAGCUAUAAGACCACCUGGCUAUGUUUUAGGGUUGGCUCCUUAGCAGCAGAGUGGCCCAUCACCUCUGCUAUCCACCAUCUGGCCCCUCUGGUUGAGUGUCAUUCUGUGGGACUAGGAGUUGAUAGCAUGCUGAUCUUGCUUUGCUGUAUGGGUAAAUAAUAAACUAUCUAAAUCCA